AGGCACGCAUUGUAGCGGUAACAAAGAUAAAUGUUUAGUAUCGUCACAUAGUGUCUGGUUUUGCCUGAAUGUAUGCAAUUAGUAAUACAUGAUACUAAUUACGAUGCCAACGAAAUGUCAUUUGUGGUCUGGCUGUGUUUAAUCAAACGGAUUUUUCCACCCACAUUCAUCCAUUCGUGGUUCUUGUGGUGCCUUUUAUAGCUAAUUUGCACACCACAAUUUAUGGAACAGUGACGAUUAAUUAUGAAUUACCUAUCAUCCAUAAUGAUACCGAAAAUAAGCAAAACAUCUACAUCGUGUUUCUUAUUUUUUGACCAUGCGUUUCGACGUUGCUGAGAUGUAAAACAUUAGCCAAGGCAAGGUGGAAAAUCCAUUUUCCGCCCAAAUGGUACACAACCAGCAGGGGAGCAAAAGUAGUCGGAAGAGAAACGAUCAUGCGAUGCCUUGACAUUGACGCUUUUGAUGAUGCUUAGCCAAAAAUAGCGGACAGCAUGGUUUCGAAGGUGUGUGGGUAAGUGUUUCGUGGGAUGCCAGGAGGACAUAUGUUGCCAAUCACGGUUCACAAACGUUUUCGUUAACUUAUACCCCCACGAGUCCCCCCUUCUUUUCCUUUCUUUGCGAUUGUUCAUUUGCAUUUUCUUCGCGGCGGGGUUUUUGGUGCCCGAUUUGUGACAGGUGAAAGUGGAUAAGUGAUCACCGACGGGUAUAAACAAAACGUGACAUAAUGACGGUACGGUGAUCAACAGAUGAGACACAUGUCCUUCGUGCGGUUGUCGGAACUGUUGGCAUCGGUUUAUUAUAGGCUAUUGAGAGAGAGAGAGAGAGAGAACAUCACCAUUUUAACGCAGCAUCGAACCCAUCGGUGACAACGGUGACAGAUGGUGCUGAAAUGAUCCGUGCAAACGAGCUCUCAAAGACGUUACAGCUUUCCCUAGCAUCGUAAGGACCAUACCGGUACAAUCUGGCAACAUUAUAUCGACAUUCAUCCACUUGUGACAAGUGCUUUCCUUUUUUCGUUUUUUCUCUUCACACAUUCGGUAAUACAUUUCAAACAGUUAAUUUUGCUCUCCUAACUCCAGAACUUCGGUCGUACCGUGGUUUAAGGCAGCUGAAGUAACAGAAAACGGUGUUAUCCUGGUUGUGUGCCGUGAAGGAAUCGUGAAUGUCGUGAAUCGAUUGCGUGACACACCUACCAGUGACAAAGUGUGUUGCAUGUGGGAGGGUGCAGUAGCGUGCACGUGACCCUUCUGCCCUAGGCCGACAUCAUGCAUUUGCAUUUUGAGAAAAACUCCAACACAAGAUGCGACUGCCCAAUACUGUCACUGUCCUGGAUGGGCAAGGUGCCGGAUGACAUACCGGAGGAAGAGGGAUGGAAGUUAAACCGUACCAACUACUAUCAGGAAGGUUGGUUAGCAACGGGGAACGUGCGGGGAAUUGUUGGAGUCACGUUCACGACCUCACACUGCAAGAAAAAUGUCGAUUACCCGCUAAGGACAAACUACAAUCUUCGUGGACAUCGGUCCGAUGUGAUCCUGGUUAAGUGGAACGAACCCUACCAGAAGCUGGCAAGCUGUGAUAGUUCCGGCAUUAUCUUCGUAUGGAUAAAGUACGAAGGUCGAUGGAGCGUGGAGCUCAUCAAUGAUCGUAACACACCGGUGACACACUUUUCCUGGUCACACGAUGGGCGGAUGGCGUUGAUCUGCUACCAGGAUGGUUUUGUGCUGGUCGGUUCCGUCGCUGGGCAGCGAUAUUGGUCGUCGAUGCUGAAUCUGGACGCAACCAUCACGUGCGGUAUCUGGACGCCAGACGAUCAGCAGGUGUACUUUGGCACUACCCAGGGACAAAUCAUUGUGAUGGAUGUACACGGUGCGAUGGUGUCACAGGUACCGCUCAGCUCGGAUGUAGGCAUUACGGCGAUGGCAUGGUCGUGCGAGAAGUUCAAGAUGGAGGAAGGUGAAGAUACGGAACCGGGCGUUACCAACGCAUCGAAGCGUAGCUUCGUGUUGGCCGUGAGCUUCCAGAACGGGUACAUUUAUCUGCUAAAGUCGUACGACGAUAUUACCCCAAGCCAAAUCCAUACGGGCAUGAACGGUGAGCUAGGAAUUGUGAUGGAGUGGAGUAACUCGCGGGAACUGUUGGCCGUCGCCGGGACAGAGCUGGGCAACCCGCACGUGACUGAUAUCCAUGGUGCUACGGUGUACAACAAUCUACUCAAGUUCUACACCGAAUCCGGUAAUCUUCUCUACACCGCCAAAAUUCCAAAUAGUGCGUAUCCAGUUUCUGCCCUUACAUGGGGUCAUAAUGAUAAGCGAAUUUUCAUAGCGACGGGAACACAGGUACAUAUUGCUUGGGUUUCAAGACGCGUCGCAUCGCUGCAGCUGUUCUGUCGUCUGAAAGUGCAAACUUCGUUGGCUUCGGAAGCAUUGCUGCCAAGACUGCCCCUGCCCGGUCGGAUAAAGGCACUGAUCGGGAAUCUGUUUGCUCAAACCAUACGGUGCUGUGUUCCCGAUUUGAAGUCACUACGAGAGUUUGUGUCGCGUCCGCCAGCCUGUUCGACGCGAUUGCACUGUACGAUGAUACGACACGAUGACGAUUCCAACCAGAGCUCAGGGACAUGCUACACGCUCUAUUUGGAGUUUCUCGGUGGUCUGGUGCCACUGCUCAAAGGCAAACGAACCUCCAAAAUACGGCCAGAAUUUGUGAUAUUCGAUCCUCAGGUUGAUGAAGUUUCUACAUAUUGUACAUAUUCAUCUGAUUCGACCACCACCACAACCACGACGAAAAGUUCUUCGACAUCUAGUCACUCCACAACUGGCACAAACGGUCGCUCAGAUAGCUCGGAGAGCGACAUCGAUGAUGAAUGCCGUAAGCCAACGUGCUCCAAUCGUAAGAAUCGAACGAAAUGUGAUAAUAUUUGUCUUAUUGCAGGGUCUCCACGGCUAGAUCGAAAACGAAAGACUGGGACGAAAAAACGCAACCCUAGCAGCAACGAUCGAUCUCCGAACCAGAAUUCCGACUCCACAGAAAAUAAUGAAGAUUUAGCUUAUCUCGACACAUUACCAGAGCACGUGAAGCUUGUUGAAGUAACGUCCAACAUCUGGGGAACAAAGUUUAAGAUACAUGGGCUAGCCAAAACUCUCCCGGCUAAUCUCGGACAAGUGACGUAUAAAACGUCGCUACUCCAUCUACAGCCACGCCAGAUGAAACUAGUCAUUACGGAGCUGCGCGACGAUUUCCCCACCGGCCCGGAUCCUAACUUUAAUCCGAACAUUUUUUCCGAGGACGAAGAAGAUCAGCAGCAUCAGCAACAGCUGCAGCAGCAACAUCAGCAUCAUCAACAGCACACGCAUCAAAUGCAGCAUCACUCACAGCACCAUUCCAACGGUACACACAGUCAAUCGCUAGGAACGUCCUCCAGAGACAGUUCCGGUUCGGGUGCUAUUAGUCGAAAGUUGCUAAACGAAAGUGCCCCACCAAUCGCACCGAUGUCUCCACGUCCGAAUCGUUUUCCUUCGCGACCUCGCCGGCAACAGCACCAACCAUCGGCAUUGGCCGGAUGUUCAUCAGCAACCGGUGGACUCUCACGCAAUGGUUUGCCGGGAUUGGGUCCACUAGCACGUGCCGAAUCGUACGAGGACGAUACAGAUGGGGCAGAAUCUUCCGUUGUAGUCGUGAGCGAUCUUCAUAGUGCCGCCGCACGAACUCCACCACGUCAAAGCAUUGGGUACAGUCUCGUUAGUCGACCAUCAUCCGCCUCUAGCAAUCAAUCACGCGUUGCCAUUAGCCCGCUUUACUGCGAGGGUUCGGUGCCAACGCUUCAAUCGCCGAAGAAUGCUGUAGCGCCGAGUGAUAUUAUCUUCGAUCGCCCACCAGCAGGACAGACGACACUUAUGAGCUAUUCUAGCAAUAACGACUAUAUUGGUAGCUUGGUCCAGGUAAAGAAUGCUCUUGUAUCAUCCGAUCACCAUCAUGGACGCAGCACAAUGAAUACGACCAUGCCAUUAAACUUAAAUCUCAAUCUUGAUCGUACGGAAGCGAAUCGAUCGAUGUGCACGAACGGUAGUAGUGGGAAAGACACGCAACUAGCCAAUGCCCGGUGCACACCGAAAAAGCAAAACCUCAAAUUUAUCGACGAAGAAUCGACGCCCAGUACAUCGGCUACUGCUGUAGUUUCUGCCUCGAUACAAACUCCUACGCCUAGUAAUUCUACCACUACCGCUGCACCGACAACCGCUGCCGAUUCGAAUGGACUUGAGACACCCAUGUCGGAAACGGGAUGUGGUAUGCACCGAACUCCUACCGUUGCUUCGAUGAUGCCUUUCAUCCCUUCGAGCGCUUCCGGAACUACAAGUACCCGCAUUCCAGAUUCAAUUACGCGUAGCUGCAGUGUGGGAUAUUUGGAUAACAUGACGAUUGUGCCGGGUGAGGAAGCUCUCUCAAUGAUGCGGCGUGAUGCACCUUACAAGCGACUCGUACUGGUCGAUAAGAAACGACAGAAGAAAUACAAACGCAACCUAGACGAAUUGCGCCAAGCGACAAGAUUGCGAGUGGACGCGAAAUCAAAAAGCCUUGACUCCUGCUCGGAUAUUUUACAAGACGUGCCCAAUCUAAACCGUGAUCUGAUCAACCUGUUCCGCCAGAUGCCGAAAGUGAACGAACUGUCCGAAAAUGAGACAGAAUAUUCUUCGUCCGAUCAACUGAUUGUCGGUGGGAAAAGUUGCUUAAAGGAGAUAAAUGGAGUGGUCGCACGAAAGGGUGCACCGAUGAAGUUUGGCCCAGGAGUAUCCGGUCAGGGUGGAUCAAAAACUCCAGUACUGAAUCGUAAAGAAAAGCCAAAAAGUUGUUCCAUUUGUAAACAGAUCUCUCCGACGGUUAACUCCACCGAACCAAUAUGUGUGAAGUGUCGCAAAACUAGCAUCGUUCAGGACGUGCCGGUGGAUGACGGUAGAAAAGAAAGCUCGGUGGGUGCAGCGGGAACAACGACGACAAAUGAUUCGCAGGUAAUUACCAACGGUCAUGAUACGGUGAGUGCUGGCAAGCCACCUCAGGCACCACCUAAAGCUAAACGUACCACUCUUGGACAGUAUAUCCGGUCAGCGUGCAGCAAUCACUACGGCGAUCACUCGAAUGGGAAAGACUCGAACGGUGCCGUUACGUCGUCUGGGAAAGGUGGCGGAUUUUUCGAUCGCAAGUCUUCGUCCACCCAUCAGCAGCAGAACUUACAACAGUCACAGGUAGCGAGUAGUGAAUGUACGGCAGGAAGUUCAGACCCGCCAGCAGCACCAGCUCCGUCCAACAGCACACCAUCCCGUUCGGUGGCCAGGAUCGUAACGAGCUUCACCGAUAGUCCUCUAUUUUCACGACGCAACCGACAAGCCAAAGCGAUGGAAAGUGGAGCAGACUCCACUAAACCGCCGAGCGAAUCGAACACACCGAUUCUACUGCGCUGGAACGCAAACCGACACAACAAGCAAAGUAAAGCGGAUUCUGUCGAUUCACCGAAGAAGCAUCGUCGCAACGGUAGCUGCCCGGGACCGAGUAACGAGUCGUCCAUCGAUGGUGGAGAAUCGUCCAUUGGAAUGGCUUCGGCAUCAUCGCAAACGGAAGAUCCACGACCGAGCGGAUCGGGACAUAAUGGGCCGGGGGGGCUUAUUAGUAGAUGGCGCGAUAUGGAAGAUGGUGGCCGUCAGUCUACACCACCGGCCUCACCAGCACGACUAGCGCGAAGUUCUCCGGCAUCGCCCACACCAAGCAAGAAAAGCAAACGGCACCAAAGUGCUUCGCCUAUAAGGCACAUUUUGAACUCUCCCCUGCUAAAUCGGCGCCAGCGAAAAAAGCAACACACCGAAAGCUCCGACGAUGAGAAUGGUGGCGGUGGUAGCCACAACCACAGCAGUCCCAGUAACCAUACGGAUGACAGCAGUGGUAGUACGAGCGCGAAACAGUACCGUGAUCUUGAAACGUUCCAGAAGGCACAGCUACGACAGAAGCUGAAACGUGGAAAAAUCGAACCGAAUGGUGUGGCCAGCUCUUCGCAAUCACCUGCCCCGGUACGUCGCGAGUUUGUGAUGCACAAUAAGGCCCCGAUGUGGAAUGAAAACAGUCAAGUUUAUCAGCUAGAUUUUGGUGGGCGCGUUACACAGGAAUCGGCGAAAAACUUUCAAAUCGAAUUUCGUGGCAAACAGGUUAUGCAAUUUGGGCGCAUCGAUGGUAACGCGUACACGCUCGACUUCCAGUACCCAUUUUCGGCCCUGCAAGCAUUUGCUGUCGCACUGGCGAACGUUACACAGCGGCUAAAAUAGUGUGCUUUUGCUUCGUUUCCACUCGCGCCGACUCACGACGGUACUAAUCGCCUUAAAACAUUGACUCACUCACCAUCACUGGUGACCGAUGGGCGCAGUGAUCGCCAAACGAUCGACACCAGAGACUGUGGCUCUACAUAUCACAAUGAUUGUCGCUGUGCAGAAGAAGCGAAGAAGUGGCCGUUGCGUUGUUGCAUUCGCGUGUUGUUAAUAAUUGCGCUUUAUACAUCCGGUAGUUUCGCUAUUGCUUUAGUCAUCUUUCCGGUGUGAGCUUUAACCAUCGUCGCCCCGAAAAAAAAUUAUGCUAUCGUUGUCGUUUGCUGUUGUGGAACCGUACAUUUAUCAUCAUCUGCUAGCUAACUCUUCUCAUCUGCAUGCACCAUCUGCACAACUCAUCGCCGAAAUUGUUAUUUCCAUGUCGAUCGUUUUCAUCGUAUCACACAUAUCAUUAACAUUAGUAAAGCUAGUAAUCAUCGUAAGACGCGGCCGAGUGUGGCGUAAGAAAGCCACAUGUUCGUAAAAUGUACGUAAUACGUGGAUAAGGCGAUGCAAAUAAUGUGCUCUUUUCUAACGCUAUCAAUCGGAAGGGGAUGGACGCAUUUUAAAUGAACGAAAUUGAGAAUAGUUCUUUUGUAAGUUGUGAAAAAGCGGGGGGUUUGGAAGAAAAUAGCGACGAAGCUGCCGUGCAGCGAAAUUGGGAAAGUGUAAUAUUCCAUUAUUUAUUUUUUUUUAAAUAUAGAAUCAACAAUACGAACCUGAUACAGCCCGAUAUAUGCCAAGUUUGUAAAGUGGCAACAAAUUGUUAGAUAACAUGAAAUUAGCUAAAAUUCAAGUAUCAAAACGCGUAUUCCGUAUUGGGCUAGUUUUAUACGGCGACUGUCCAGUGCGAGAGAGAGAGAAAGACAGGGGAAGCCGGUAUUAAUUUUUCUAAUCUUGCGUGCGUCCGAUUUAACCAAGUCACCGAUCGCACCACCGAUCGGAAAACGUCCAGUGCGCGCUGUAAUCGCUUUAGCUAAUGGUUCAAUAAUGAAGCAAUUUCUAAACCACUUUAUUACCUUUGUUACAUCACUCUGCAAAGCUUGUGGAUUAGCCAUUUCUUUUCUACUAAUAAUCCACGCGUGUCUUCUAGUCAGCCAGAGCCGUAUGCGUAUGCUCUCGAACCGCAAAAGGAGUAUUUUGUAUGAAAAUGAGAAACGUUUUGAGACAAAUCAGCAGCAGGGGCUUUUUUGUAGCAAAUGUAAAUAUGGGGUACAUUGGAGGAAAUGAGCAGAAGCAUUAGCGAUUUUUGUACCUUUGUAAACCGUCUUAAGCGUACGACAGGGGACGGACAGCAAGACGAAAACUACACUCAAACCUACGUUACCACGCAAGCAAAGCAGUUUGUCACCCCUUUCGUCUAGUUAUCAACGGAGCGUGUACUUAACAAUAUUGUGCGUAGUUCAAUUCAUUACCGAAAUCAUCCAAUUACCGUACAUAUAAUUAAUAAGAACGCGUCUGAUAUAUUCUGUAUAUUUUUAAGACACCAUUGUUUGCUGUUUGUAGAGCUCCACGCGAGAGUUUCCAUGUCCCUGGUCGCUAGGAUCAUCUCAAUUGAUCUCAUUAUUGGUGCCGCCAUUAUGGUAAAUCGCGAUCGUUGUUUUCCCCCCCUCCCAAACUUUCCGUCUGUUGAUUUCUGUUGCUGUUUUCUGUACAACUGUUACGUUACGAUGCUGUGGUUUAGUUUUAAGCAAAUUGUUUUACACUAUUUUACACUCCCUUUUUGCUGCAAGCUGUACAUUUUCUAGCUAUUCGCUUUUUGCUCUUUGUUGAAAUGUCACUAGUCAAAACGCUGUAGCUACGUAAGUAAUUAGAGUACGUGUAUGCCGUUUAGUUGGAAUUCGUCCCAAAGCUUUACCAAACCGAACAAACGAACCAGUGUGGUACAAAAAAAAAUUGUAGGACAGCGACAUAAUCGAUGAGAUGGAAGUAAAAAAAAAGGGCAAAAAUGUAACGCCCGCCAUAUUCACACUGCUUACAAAUAUUGUGAACGCGUUAACCAUAUUUUAGUACGCCAAGCUAAUGAAAAGGCCAUUACAAAAACACACAAAAAACGCGUUCGAUUUUAGUUGUAACAAUAGACACGAAUGUAAAACUAUCGCUUACGACAGGAUGAACAACAACAAAAAAAGACACAAAAGCCAAAUAUAAAAUUCCAUCCAAACGGUAUCGUUUGCAUAUCGCUCGUUUACGUAUGUUGGUUUACAUUUUUUUGUUAGCUUUCUUUUUCUACACAGACAAACUGUACUAAAUGGCCCCGUAUAUAUAUAUAUACACGUAUUGGAAAAUUAGUGAAAACAGGAAAACAAACUAUAAAACGACUCAGCAUAAGAAAUAUUUUACACCGCAUACGUCCGCCCUAUGGCUGCCAGUACUUCCCAGGAAAGAAGGAACAGCUUCCGAAUGAAACCGUAAACCAAUAGAAACAGUAACGUAAGCAAAGCAGAAAGGCAAAGUUUUAACACCAUUCAAAACUCACCGUAAAAUAUUGUUGUAGUGAAGUAGUAAAUCCAAAAAUGGAAGCUGCCACAAGGGAGAAACAAACAAAACCAUAAUGAAAAACAGUAUAAUCAUUUACUUACCCUUUGUACAUACUUACAUCCUUCUCGUUGUGCAAAUGGUGUAGAUUUUGCGUACAGUAAAGAAUAAUUUAAAAACAACCGUCGUAGAUGAUGAUGAUGCUUAAACCGUUUUCAUUUAACGCUAUGAACGGGUGUGCAAUUUAACAUGUCUUUUGUAAUUUCUGAUGCCUGAUUGCCAGAAGUAAUUUUCUUGCCAAACAGUUACGCAUCGCAAAUAGAUGGUUUUUUUUUAAUUAUACUUUUACACUAAACAGAACUAAAUGCGGAAUUGAAAAUAAAUAAAAACAAAAGUUAUGUUUCCUUCGCAACGUAUCCAUCCAGUUUGAGGAGACGUCUUUGGAUUAGUGUUGGACAAUGUUUUUAAAAUGUCCACAAAAUCAAAUACCAGCAUCAGCUGGACAGAUUAAGUACGUACCGUAGUGGAACACCUUUUUUGCUUUAGCUACCGGAGGAAGUGUGCUGCUUCCAGAAAGGGCUUCGAAAAGCAAAACCAUUUAUAGCGCUACCCGAUGGCAAUAGAAUGCGUUUCAAUUACGCUUUUAGAUAAAACACACACACACAAAUGUACAUCAAAUUUUGCGUAAAAUGUUACAAAAAAAAAAACAAAACCCCGCCCCAAAAUACAAAACAUACGAUAGGGAAAGGUUUUUGGCUGCUGGUAGGAGAAUACAAAAAUAAAAGCUGUAAAGCUUGUAGCACUGGCAGAACGCACGUUUUGGGUAGGCAUUGGAAUUGGCUAGGAGCUAAAUGUCUAGGAAAAAAUUGUACACAGAAUUGUACGGCGGCCGUUGAUGUGCAAGUGAUACGAACUGAAAGGACCGUGGCAAUAAACGUAACAACAACAUUUCUAUUGCUACCGUUACGAGACGAUGUAUAAAUGCGAUAAUAAAGAAAUGCCGUUCAAUGUUCGAAAGAGCGAAAGUGUCUAGAAA